GUUUCUCCUCAGUUUUGCUACACACUUCGACACUUCAACACCUCAACACCUUAUCGUCUCGGCACACAUUCUCUCUCAACAAAAAAAAAAAAAAAAAUACAUAUCAUAUUUUUUUAUAAGUACACAUUUUACCGGCUUGUAAAACCCUCAUUCAUUCGCUGGAAAACCGAUGAAUUUGAUCCGCCGGCAGCCUCGGCUGCUAAGUAAGCGGAGCACGUGGCUGCUUAGAAAUUACGUGGUGGCCAACAGGGAUGUGUCCGAAUCCGUUUCCCGUCCUGCGGCGUCUAUGUCCACCCUAUCGAUACCCGGACCAGCGCUGGCUGCCGCCGCCCCAGUAUCCGCAGUAUCCGCCGUAUCCCUGGUACCCCGGUGCACCCACUCCAGCCUCCAAGGAGGUGGACAAGGAGCAGGAGGAAGAGGGCUCAGAGGAUCAGCCACCGGAGGAUCAGCCGCCGGAGGAAUCGCCACAAAAAGACAGUACUCCGGAGGAGCAGCCCCCGCCGGAGCCGCCAAGCCUGGAGGAGCAGCCUCCGCCGGAGCCGCCAAGCCUGGAGGAGCAGCCGCCGCCGGAGCCGUCAAGCCUGGAGGAGCAGCCCCCGCCGGAGCCGCCAAGCCUGGAGGAGCAGCCCCCGCCGGAGCCGGAUCCGCCAAGCCCGGAGGAGCGUCCACCGGAAAGCCACCUUCGGGCAAAGCCCCAGCAGCGCCUCCCCCUCCUCCACCUCCUCCGCCAGCUAAAUCUGCACCCCCAGUAAAAGCCAAGAAGCCGCGAUUGAAGACCUUCGAGAUCUACCGCUGGAAGCCCGGGGAUCAGCCGCAGACUCAGACCUACGAGGUGGACCUGGAGCAGUGCGGCGCCAUGGUGCUGGACGCCCUGAUCAAGAUCAAGAACGAGAUGGACCCCACGCUGACCUUUAGGCGCUCCUGUCGCGAGGGCAUCUGCGGCUCCUGCGCGAUGAACAUCAAUGGAACGAACACCUUGGCCUGCGUGUCGUCCAUCGACCAGAAUGAGAGCAAGUGCUGCCGCAUCUAUCCACUGCCCCACCUGUAUGUGGUGCGGGAUCUGGUGCCGGACAUGAGCCAGUUCUACGAUCAGUACCGCUCCAUCCAGCCGUGGCUGCAGCGCAAGGAUCUGAAGCGGGAAGCUGGGUCGGCACAGUACCUGCAGUCCGUGGACGAUCGUCUGGUGCUGGACGGGCUGUACGAGUGCAUCCUGUGCGCCUGCUGUCAGACCUCCUGUCCAUCCUACUGGUGGAACAGCAACAAGUAUCUGGGCCCCGCCGUCCUCAUGCAGGCCUAUCGCUGGGUCAUUGAUUCCAGGGACGAGGCCACCGAGCAGCGACUGGACUUUCUCAAGGAUCCCUGGAAGCUAUACCGCUGCCACUCGAUCAUGAACUGCACCAACACGUGCCCCAAGCACCUCAAUCCGGCUAGAGCCAUCAUCCAGCUGAAGCAGCUGCUUGUGGGACUGAAGAAGAAGGGGAAGCCACAACUCAAGACCGACGCCCUUUUCGCGGGAAAAGCGUAGGACAAUGUCGACAUAACGUCAUGGGACUUAUUAUAUAUAGAUAUAGAUAUGCAUACAUAGAUAUGGAUAUACAUGCAUAGAUAUAUAUAUAGAUAUAUAUAUAUAUAUAUAUAUAUAUAUAAUAGGAAUGCUGGGCAAUACACCGACACAUCCUAUUAACAACACUUAAACGCAGGACAUGAUGGGCCUUACAUUAGGGGUAGUUGUGCGAUAAUAAAAAACGAUUGGAAUCAA